UGAACGUUCCAAGCUCCACAGCAUUGAACAGGUAAAGGACAGACGGACGGUCAAUUUUUUUUUUAAAUAGCAUGCUAUACCUACCGGACUAGAAGUUGGCUAAAUCUUUCACUUUGAACAAUGCAAUAACAAACAUUUAUUGUUUGUUAGUUAAUUAGUUGUCAUUAAAAUACAGUUUCAGCUGAUAUAAGAUACACGCGUUAAAUCUGAUAAGCCGAUUAUAAAUUGCUAGGCUUACUAUUUAACACAUGCGCACGAAUGAACUUCGGAUGUAAGCUAGUCUGUUAAAGAUUCAAGGAAAAUUGAUUUAAACGAAGGAAUCUACAACAAAUUCCUUGACUAUAUUCAUUGAUCUAGCGUUAUUCAUGCACGCACAAAUCGCAGUGUUGUAAAAACUGCUCGACAUUGAUAUAACAAAUAUGAAAAGGCAACAAAUUGGAUUUUUUAGCGUUUAGGUUAAGGAGUUCUUAAUGUAAUAUCUCAAAUCUUCAAAUACAAAAGUUACUUAAUAUAUAUUUCAAAAUAAUUGCAGGUUCCUGCCAAUACAAUCACUUAGCAAGCAAAAGCUCAUAGAUCAGGCAUUCAAAAAAAAACAAAGAAACUCAAAGAUGAAGUUCCUUGUAUUCGCCGUCUCAGUUCUUGCAGUCGUCCUUGCACAAAACAGUCAGUCCAGCAUCUGCACGCCACCCAUAUAUAAUGUUGAGAUUUACGACUUCCAAAGUAAAGUAAGUUAUGGCAUACUUGUGCAUUGUGAUUUGCAUGUAACAUGUUCAGUUGAAUGUAUGCUGUAAUUGUUAAUAAAAAGUUUGUUUUUUUCUAAAAAUACGAACAUUUUUACAUGUUAAUCUUAUUUUGGUCAUCUCUUAGCUUUCGGGAUCUCUCGCUGUCAACUUCAACAUGAAUGUGACCGUCACGAGGUUCCCGUCUGUAAGCCUUCGUCUUGUUUACAAUCUAACUACAGUAAGUAUUUCGUAUAACUGAUGUUUGUGUUUCGAUAACUGCAGUGAGAAUUUCGUUAACUGCCGUAUUAUUUUACUAACAGUAGUAAGUAUUUUGAUAACUGCAGUAACUGCCAUUCACUCUAUUUCCGUCUGUGCCAUUCACUCUAGUUCUGCCUCUGCCUUUUACUCUAGUUUUUUAUCUGACUUUCACUCUAGUUCCUUAUCUGCCUUUCAUUCUAAUUCUAUCUCUGCCUUUCACUCUAGUUCUGUGUAUGCCUUUCACUCUAGUUCUGUAUCUGCCUUCUACUCUAUUUCUGUAUCUGCCUUUCACUCUAGUUCCGUCUCUGCCUUUCACUCUAGUUUUUUAUCUGCUUUUCACUCUAGUUCGUAUCCGCCUUUCACUCAAGUUCCUUAUCUGCCUUUCACUCUAGUUCUGUCUCUGCCUUUCACUCUAGUUCUGUCUCCGUCUUUCACUCUAGUUCUGUAUUUUUUAAAACUCUAGUUCUGUCUCUGCCUUUCACACUAGUUCUGUAUCUGCCUUUCACUCUAAUUCUGUCUCCGUCUUUCACUCUAGUUCUGUAUUUUUUUAAACUCUAGUUCUGUCUCUGACUUUCACUCUAGUUCUGUUUCUGCCUUUCACUCUACUUCUGUAUUUGUUUUUCACUCUAGUUCUGUAUCUGCCUUUCACACUAGUUCUGUAUCUGCCUUUCACUCUAGUUCUGUCUCUGCUUUUCACUCCAAAUCUGUCGCUGCCUUUUACGACUGUUCUGUCUCUGCCUCUUCCUCUAGUUCUGUAAUUGCUUUUCACUCUAGUUCUGUCUCUGCCUUUCACUCUAGUUCUGUAUCUGCCUUUCACUCUAGUUCUGUCUCUGCCUUUCACUCUAGUUGUGUAUCUUUUUUUCACUCUAGUUUUGUAUGUGCCUUUCACUCUAGUUCUGUCUGUGCCUUUCACUCUAGCUCCUUUUCUGCCUUUCACUCUAGUUCCUUAUCUGCCUUUCACUCAAGUUCUGUAUCUGCCUUUCACUCUAGCUCCUAUUCUGCCUUUCACUCUAGUUCUGUAUCUGCCUUUCACUCUAGUUCUGUCUCUGCCCUUAACUCUAGUUCUGUUUCUGCCUCUACCUUUAGUUCUGUCUCUGCCUUUCACUCCAGUUCUUUCUCUGCCUUUCCCUCUAGACGUGUCUCUGCAACCAUUGUUUACGAUUUUUUCCUGUUUACUUCUGUCCCUGCAUUUCACUUCAGUUCUGUCUCUGCCUUUCAUUCCAAUUCUGUAUAUGCCACAUUUGGGGAGACUUAGGAAAUAAGCUAGGACUGUUGCUGUGAUAAUUACGGUCCAGUUGAUUCAAUGUUUGUUCUUUGGUCCUUCAACACUACGACUCAAACCUACAUCUCUACGACCCAGCCCCAUGACUCUUCUCCGCCGCGCUUUCCACUCUGAUUGAAAUAUCACAUUAGGAAUUAGCAUCAGAUGGCCUUCCAGCUAAAUCUCAUUAUGCCCUCCCCAAAGCAUCCUCGCUAAGGCCAAGUAUCGAGCCACAAAACGGAACGUUUGAGAUGUCCCU